AUGGAUCAUCUUUCGGAUGAGAAGAAGCAGGCGGCAAGCAGAUCCGAAGAGGGCGGCAGACUUCCAAUGCGGAUAAUGUAUCUCCACGAGCUGAAGGCCUUUCCGGACACGAGCACACAACGUAUGCUGGAGGAAUGCUGCGGGAAGGACAACCUCAUCGUCCCAAAGUUCCAGUCCAAACGGAUCAUGACGUGGUUUUGUAUUGCUUUUGGCGUCCUUCUCCUCGUCAUGCUUGGAGCCGUUGUGACGGCCUUUAUCAACAACAGCAUGGUGGCUGGGCUUCUCUCGCUGUCAGCAAUGCUCACCGUCGGCGUGAUCGUUUUCACUCUUGCCGGGCGGGCAGUUACAAGCCUCAUGGUUAAACAGGCCGUCACGUCUGCUGAGGCGGCCUUCAAGCAAUCGAAACCCAAUGUCAUUGUGGCGUCAUCUCUCGGUGCCGUUGUGUGUCUACAAAUGGACAUUCCCAAGCUGCCUCUAUUGCUUCUCAGUCCAGCACUGGAUCAGUAUUACCGCUACAUGCAUUUGAAGCCGCUCGCCUCGAUUGCGGAUUACCCCUACGUGAUCAUCGUACACGGGAGCGUUGACACCAACAUUCCCCUAGAUGAUUCGAUUCGCCUCAUCGAGACCUGCGAAGUAGGCAGGUGCAGGCUGGAGGUUGUGGAUGACGACCACAAGUUGUCAACUCUGACUACCGCAGAUUUCAGGCGCUGGGUCGACGAAGUUUUUGAACAUGGACGUGAAGCCGUUAUCAAGAUGAGCGCAGCGGGAGUUAAAUCCGUAGAUCCAACUUUGUACCAAAACUCCGACGUCGCAAGCCUCUCGUAA